AUAAAAUGAAGCCCAUCAGCUCAUUUGUUCACAUUUGGUCAGUCAAGCAGCUUAAAGUGAAGACCUUCAAGAAACUGAAACAAUGAAGACUGUGGCAGCUCUAUUUGCUCUUGUUAUUUUGGCCAUUGUUGCUGUUGAAGGAAAACCCGGGAUUGGAAUCCAAAGAUGUUUAUGUCUUGGUGCCGGUCUCAAAAUGGUGAGACCAAAGCUGAUAGAGAAAGUUGAAAUUCACCCUGUCAGUCCAUCCUGUGGACAUCUGGAGGUUGUUGUCACGCUGAAAAAUGGUGGAGGUAAAAGAUGUUUAAACACAGAGUCCUUGUUUACCAAGAAUAUCAUUGACAUGAUUGAAAAAAAGUCCAGGAGUGCUCAGUAAAAUGUGUGAAGGUUGUGGCCACCAUGGACUGUAUCGAUUCUGUUCAUUUAUAACUAUUAUGUGUUUUAUAUAUUAUAUUUACACGUUAUGUUAUUUGUAGUUUAAUUUAUUUCAGAAGCAUGUUGGAUGUUCUUCUGUAUGUUGUUAUCUGUCAAAGGAAAAUUUCUAAUAAAAUAAAUUGAAGGUUUGAUCAUAUUUGUGU